AUGCCAAAAUCGAAAGGCGGCGCUUCAAAAAGUUCUUCAGGAGGUAAGAAAGGUGGUGAUUCUGUGGGUGAAGGAAGUUCAAAGCCUGUUGCGAAAGGCGGCACUGCUGUGAAGGUUCGCCACAUUUUAUGCGAGAAACAAAGCAAGGCACUGGAGGCCAUUGAACUGUUGAAAGAGGGGCAGCGAUUCAAUACAGUGGCUGAACAGUACAGUGAAGAUAAAGCGCGCUCUGGAGGCGAUCUAGGCUGGAUGACUCGCGGCUCCAUGGUUGGUCCUUUUCAGGAGGCAGCCUUUGAGCUACCAGUUUCUUCUGUGGACAAACCCUCUUAUACGGAUCCUCCAGUGAAAACAAAGUUCGGUUAUCACAUUAUAAUGGUUGAGGGAAAGAACCUUUUUGAUACGUGGGCUUUCUUUUCUGUUAUGAUGAUAUUGGGGAAGCCGUAUUUCGCAAGAACGAAAACUUAUCUUGAGGUACGUAAGGAGCUAGAAAGGCUUCGAGCUUCCCGAAACGAGCUGCAAUCUGACAUGCAGAAAGCAAAGUCAAGGUAUUCAACCAAGUCUGCUGCAUCUGAUAAUUCUUCCACAAACGCUCCUUCGAGUCAGACAUCGACGGCUCCUAUUUGGUGGCGUUUUAUAUCCAAAGCCAGCUGGCGUGUCCAAAUAGCCUUCACUCUCUUAUUAUGGGCGACCCUCCUCAAUGUUGGUUUUGGAGCCGCCUUUUUUGUGUUUGCAUGCAUCUACUGGCUUUAUGUUUGGGGUACGAAUCCUAAGACACAUGCUCCACAACCAAACACCAUUUUGGCCGGCUGGUAUUACGACAAUGCUCGGGUUGCAUAA